GCUCCAAAAUUCUCUAGUAUAUUAUUGAGAUAUAAAUAUUGUUCUUUUUUCUUUUUUCCUCUGAGGAUUGUGUUAAUUCAGGAUAUGAUUGGGUAUAUAUAUACAUCAACUAGCUAAUUUCAUUUCCACCAUCCAUGUUAUUGGGUAGACCCCAGAUAUGAUGUGGUCAGGGAUUUUUCUUUUUAUUUUGACAAAUACACUAUUAUGAAUUUUUGUAUUUUAGAAAACACAACUAACUUACUGCAUAUAUAUUUGAUAAAUAAUACUCAUUAUUUAUAUUAAAAAUAAAAAUAGAAUUCUAAGUGAAAAUUAUUUGAGUUGUGUUUGAAGUGUAUAGCUCUGCCCCUUAAUAUAAUUCCUACAUAAACAUUCCAUUAGGUAGCAAAUUAGAUUGCCAGAAAAACAAUAUGGGGAACAUUAAGUUUUUGUUGUUAGUGUUUUUUCUAAUACUAAUAAUGGCGAAUGGUUGUUGGGAGGAAGAGAGAAGUGCUCUCUUGGAUCUGCAAGCAAGUAUAAUAAGUUCGAAUAGUGAAUUGUUGGUCGAUUGGGCUGGAUAUAAUAAUGGCUUUACAGAUUGUUGUUUCUGGAAAAGGGUAAAAUGCAGCUUAGAAACAGGUCGAGUUAUCAAACUCAAUCUCAAAACAAAAUUUGGUACAGGGGAUGGUUGGAGAUUUAAUGCCUCUCUCUUUCUUCCAUUCAAGUCACUGCAAGUUCUGGUAUUGUCUUACCGAAAUAUUACAGGGUGGACAAAAAAUGAAGGUUUCAGUAAACUAAGGCAGCUGCCUAACCUGAAAGAAGUGGAUUUGCAAUAUAAUCCAAUCCAUCCUAAAGUUUUACUAUCAUCUUUGUGUUCGAUUUCAUCUCUUGAGGUUCUAAAACUUGGUGCAUAUGUCGAUACCUCUUUCACCAUACCAACAACAUAUAAUAGCACUAGCAUGAAGAGUAAGAAAUGUGGAGGAGGACUAACCAAUUUAAGAGAACUUUGGUUUAGAGGUUAUGGAAUCAGUGACAUAAAUAUCCUUUUUGCAUUGGGUAGACUGAGGAAUUUAGAGAAACUCAAUUUGAAUUUUAAUAACUUCAAUUCCACCAUCUUUUCAUCGCUCAAGAUUUUUCCGUCUCUCAAGCAUCUCAAUCUCGCUGCCAAUGAAAUAAAUGGAAAUAUCGAAAUGAAUGAUAUAAUUGCUUUGAGCAACUUGAAACAUCUGGAUCUCUGGAAUAACAAUAUAGAGAGCUUUGUGACUACCAAAGGUAGCAAAAGAAUGAGUUAUUUGCGAAAUUUACUAUUGGGAAGUUCCUAUUCCAACUCGAGCAGAGUCAUACGAUCCCUAAAAUCAUUCUCAUCUCUCAAAUCACUUUCUUAUGAAUUUAGUGAUCUCACUUCUCCCAGCAUAAUUUACGCAUUAAGAAAUCUGAGCACGGUGGAGUACCUAUACUUGACGGGAUCUUCUUUAAAUGACAACUUUCUGGCAAAUAUUGGACAAAUGACUUCUCUUAAAGUGUUGAAUAUGCCUUCUGGUGGAAAUAAUGGCACCCUCCCUAAUCAAGGAAAUAUCUCACAUGCCAUAGGCUCACUGAAUACUCUCAACUACCUUCUCCUUAGCCAUAACCAAUUGGAAGGGCAGAUUCCAACUCAGAUAUGUAUGCUGAACGACUUAUCUAUCAUAGAUUUAUCUUUCAAUAUGCUUUAUGGUCCUCUCCCUCCUUGUUUGGGUUACUUAACACAGACCAAAAAGGAUGCAGAGAUAAGUUGGACUUAUUAUUCUGCGACUUCCAGGCGUUCAUGGUUAAGUUUUGUGAUCUGGAUGCGUUCGAAAAGGCAUUACCACGAUAGUCAUGGACUUCUAAGUGACUUGUUUUUGAUGGAUGUGGAAACUCAGGUCCAGUUUUCAACAAAAAGAAACUCAUACACUUAUAAGGGAAACAUUCUAAAAUAUAUGUCGGGUAUUGAUCUCUCAAGUAAUAGAUUGACAGGUGAAAUUCCUGUUGAGUUAGGGAACAUGAGCAAUAUACAUGCAUUGAAUCUAUCACACAACCAUCUCAACGGAAGAAUACCAAAUACCUUCUCCAAUCUACAGGAAAUUGAGAGCUUAGACCUUUCCUGCAACAGAUUGAAUGGGAGCAUUCCUGUUGGUCUAAUUGAGCUAAAUUCUUUGGAAGUAUUUAAUGUUUCAUUCAACAACUUAUCGGGUGCAGUGCCUGAUUUUAAAGGUCAAUGAAAUUUUGACAAAAGCAGCUAUGAGGGAAAUCCUUUUCUUUGCGGUUAUCCAUUAGAUAACAAGUGUGGGAGAUUGAGUCCUAUAUUGUCCAAGAUUAAUAGAGAUGAGGAGGAAUCAUCAGAAUUGGAGUGUUUUUACAUUGGGUUAGUUGUGUCGUAUGGAGCGAUCUUGUUGGGAUUAGCUGCAGCGCUCUGCUUGAAUAGUCAUUGGCGAAGAGCAUGGUUUAGGAUGAUAGAGGCAUUGAUGUUUUAUUGUUACUAUUUUGUGUUGGACAACAUUGUUACACCCAUCAAGAGUAGAAUGCUGGUUAAUUAGGUAGUUGUUUUAAAAAUAUUGUUGCAUGUCUAUCUCUAUAUAUUAUUAUGUUGUCAUUCUAUUUUAUAAAUAUUUUCUUGUAUGAAUUAAAGUGUUCCAUUUUCAUACAUGUGUGUUGGAGUUGUUA